AUGUUGCUCAAUGCCGAAUCCGUCCCAUACUCGACAUGGCACGUUCCCCGAUACCACGAAUGGAUGCAAGACGAGGAAAUUCAAGAGGCAACAGCCUCAGAGCCAUUGUCGAUUGAAGAGGAAUAUGCCAUGCAGCACAGCUGGCGGCAGGACGCGGAUAAGUUAACCUUCAUUGUGUGCCGCCCGGUAGCGUCACAUAAAGAAAGCUCUGUCCAACUAGAUUCUGAGAGCGACUCCUCAGAAAACAUGGUCGGCGACAUCAACUUGUUUCUUCGCAUCGAUGACGGCGAGGAAGGGGAUGCGCACCCAAAGAUAUUCGGCGAGAUUGAGCUCAUGAUCGCCGAGAAAGCGAACCAACGGCGUGGUUUGGGAAAGGCUGCUCUACUUACCUUCUUGAAGUAUGUUGUUGAGAGGCAAGCCGUUAUCCUGGAGGAGUUCGUAAAUGCCGACGUCCAGGCAGACACGGUCAGCAAGUUGAGGGCAGCCGCGGGCUCAAGUCUCUCCUUUUCGUAUUUGAGUGUUAAAAUUGGGCAGUCGAAUACUCGAAGCCUUGUACUGUUCGAGAGCCUGGGAUUUGAGAAACUUUCAGCUGAACCGAACUUUUUUGGGGAGUUUGAGCUUAGAAGGACGGAUCUAGGGCUGGGGCAGGUUGACGAGGCGCUUGGGGUGGCAGGCGUUGAGAAUUAUCUUGAGAUACCUUACGAGCGCAAGGAAUAG